AGAAGACCCAAAGCCCGACCGCUCUCAAAAGCGUCGACACACGCAAGACUCGGCCGUUGUCGCCGGCAGGCAAUCGCGGGUUUCCGGUGGACGACGAGCAGGCAUCAUGAACGCACAAUACUGUUAGAUUUUAACAUAGAAGAGACGUGUGCGCAUAAGGGGAAGAACUUGUUAGAGAAAAAUGGAGUCAGCGGAGCUGACGGGUGUCCAGAAUGAUAGGGUUCGGGUAAAAAGGAAAACAUUAGAGGCAGUGCUGCGGCAAUGCCAGUUUGCCCUUGAACAGUUUGUAUCUGGCUGUGACGAUGACGUGGAUGAAAGAGACAAUGGCGCCGAACUUGAUGCUCCCCAAGAUUCUGAUAACUGCUCCCCUGAGCCUGCCAGUAGUGAUACCGACACAACUGAGUUUUAUGAUCUCUUGAAAUCCAGAGUUGAAUGUGCUGAUUUUGUCAAGAAACUAGAAAUUGCCCAGGCAUCUCUUCCUGAUACCGUAGCUGAGGAAGGCGGUUCUUGGGACGUGGUCAGUGAAAAUGACCUGUGGGAAGGUGAAAAUUCCGACUUAGACCCUGAAGAUUAUGUUUUGGUUGGGCAAGAAGACAUAAUGGAUGGUAUAGCUUCGUUCAUGGCCGCUUAUUUGCUGUCUCUCAAACAAACUAAGGACGUGACGCCGAACCAGCUCCAAGCAGCUCUGAGCAAGACAUUCUCUGCAAAGAACAAGAAGAGCAAACUUCGGAAGGUGUGGGACGGAAGCAAAGUGAUUUACAGCGUAGCAUCGUGGGGAGCUACGGCUGUCGGAAUAUAUCAGAAUCCGGUGCUGUUUAAAGCUGCGUCGACGGCGUUCUGGAGUUCUUGCCAGGUUAUCUCGAAGCUUUUCUGAGGCUUCAUCGUCAGGGCGUUGAGCAAGACAAGGUACAUUAUGUGUGUGUGUGUGUAUUUAUUUGGGCAAAUUUGUGGUUAAGGAUUGUGUGUGCAAUAUUAUUACCACAUUUGUUUGCACUGGUGGCUGCUCUAUUAAUUUGUUCUUUGCAAGUCUUAUUUCUUAUCUGAUCCUGUUCUUGUAAAUAUUUUUCAUCUAAAUUUAUGUAUAUAUAUAUAUGGCUGCUGUUA